AAAAAAAAGGAAAUUAUUAUUUUUUCUCGCAUUUUCACUUUAAUAUAUACACGCAAUAAAAAAAAAAGAAAUAAAAUAAAUAUGGCCUCUCGUAAAACUUCAAUAUCACACGUUAUGAACGAUAGUUCGGCUGUCUCGAACGUUUCAGACCACCACCACCAACAAUCAACUUCUGGUGCUUGUAGCCUGAAGAACUUGUUGUCUGAUGACGGUCCUUCUUCUCACGUUCUUACUCAACAACACGCGUCUUCUUCUCAACAUUCACAACCACCUCCACCACCACAAUAUAACCAAAGUUCUGGUAACGGUGGUAAUAAUAUAGGAAGUUAUGGUGGUUCUUAUUCAAAUGAACAACAGAACCGUGAAUAUUAUCGUUCGCAUCAAUAUCAACAACAACCACAUAUUCCACAACUACAACCUUCUCGUAAUCAACAACAACAGCAUCAUCAUCAACAACAUCAUCAACAGGAACAGUUAGAAGCUGGUUCAAUAUUAUUAUCAUUGUCUAAUCCUAAUCAGAAUACUACACAGUCUCCUCCUUUAAAUUCUCAUUAUAGGGAUCAUUAUCCCCAAAAAGAUAAUGAACAACAAAUGUCUGAUGUAGAAGCUGCUACAACAAUUUCUUCAUUAUCUAGCAUAUCAAAUAAUAAUAAUAAUCAUCAUAAUAAUAAUAAUAAUACUAUAAAACCAAAUUCACAACAAAUUGAACAAAGACCUAGAGCAAAAAGUAAUUCCAUGUCAAUUAAAUCAUUAAUGUGUGGUGACGAAUCUACUUCAUCAGAGUCUGGUCAUUCAAUUUCAAGCGGAUCAUCAAUGGUUAAUAUCUAUAAUUAAUAUUUGUGCUUUUCGCGUUUUAAUAAUAGUCAUUAUCUUUUAUUAUUUCAAUUAUUUUCAUUAUCUUAAAUUAUUUCAA